UACCACAAACUGUUUUGCAUCUGAGUUUCAGCUGUUCUGUUGAAGUGUAACCUGAGAUGUUGUUUCAGUCUUUGCAGUUUAGCUUGGUUGUGCCUCAUUUUGAUGAAUUUUAUUGUUGUAAUUAUUUGACUUUUAGGACAGAUUCGGGAUCCUCAGAAUCAAUUGCAUAUUGUAAGGAACUCGGUGCUUCAUAUAUCAGCACCUCACCCAAAUCCUUUGCCAUUAAACAUGGUUAAGAAGAUGCUCAACGACUCUGUGAGUCGAUGCUCUGUGCCAAGUGAUCAGGGUACUAUGACAACAGCAGGAGAUGUACGAGUAAACGCCUCUACUCCUUGGUUUGAAGCAUAUCGGAAAGUCUUUUUUGAACAUCUAAAACCAUCGGAUCAUGAGUUUUUACUGCACAAUGUGGCAUGUGUUUUGGUAGUUUCUAGCAAUCAUGCUGAUCCUAUGGAAGGGUUUUCCAUCCUCUUCCAGAGACAUGUAGAACUGAAAGCGACAAGCAAGCAUCCAAAGUAUAUGCCUCAUCCCCAUCUUUUCUACUAUCGACUGUUGUUGCAUGAUGUUGCAUCUGGAGAUGACCUCAAGGCUCAGAAGCUUCAGCAGGAAAUGAUUAGUAAGUAUGGUCUUGGUCAGAGCUCUGUUUUGAAGAUCAAUUCAAGAAGUCUCAGCUCACUACAAGACGGUGAUUACAUACCAGACGCAGAUCCUUGGAGCCAGUAUCUUAUAAGUACAGAUUCCAGUCAGGAGGAAGUUGACUGUUUAGAGGUUGAUGAAGACGAAGAUCAAGAUCUGUUGAAGACCUAUUCAAAUCCUCCACACAUUUCUGCAACUACUAAUCUUCACCAGUCCCAAAAUAUGCCACCUGUCUCUUCUGAAGCUCGACUAGAUCUGAUUGUUGAAGAUCCAUUAGCUUCAGAAUCUAUUAGUGAUCCACUAAAUAGUGAUCCUUUAAGUGAAGCAACUGAUCCACUGACUCGAGCAUUACAGGACACUGAAGACGCAAACCCAUCCGAACUCUCUGCUACUAAUGUUCACAGCCACACAGAUAAUACUUUUCCUGGGAGUGCUUCUCUAAAGUCUACCAAAGCUGUCCAUGGUCAAUGUUUAACUUUGAAUGACCAAGAGAGAAUUCGAGCUUUUGUAAAUGACUUUUGUAAUCGUGGGUUAUUGCCAUUUCUUGAGAAGCAUAUUCGCCAGCUAAGUGAACAGGUGAACACCAAAAGAGGCUUUCAAAGAGCUCUGUAUCGAGUAGGCAGGAACUGGUUUGGUGGGGGUAGUAAGCCAUCUUCAAACCAAACAGGAAUCUCAAAGUAUCAAAUUGAAUCUGCUGAGCUGCAGAUGAGGCUGCUUGGUGACUUAGCAUUUCUAAGUCAAAACUAUGAUCUUGCAUACACUUGUUAUCACUCUUGCAAGAAAGACUUUCAAAAUGAUCAUGCAUGGCUGUACUAUGCAGGAUCUUUGGAAAUGGCAGCCACAUCAUUGUUUAUGCAAACUGUGAAUAGACGAGAUCCUCAUGCAUAUUUUGAAGAGUCAGUUCAGGUUUAUGCAGAUACAUGCCAGUUGCCUCACUAUGCAACUAGAGCUGUCUUACUGGCAACUGAAAUGAUGAAGACAAGGCAUCUGUACAGGCCUGCUGCAGCAUUAUUUAUCAGGAUGACAUCCGAAGAUACCGACUUGAAGAGUGCUCUUCUUUUGGAGCAGGCUGCUCAUUGCUUUCUAAAGAUGAAUCCACCUUCUACUAGAAAGUUUGCUUUUCAUUUAAUUUUAGCUGGACAUCGGUACAGCAAAGCUUUUCAAAGAAGGCAUGCUUUAAGAACAUACAGUCAGGCUCUAGAAUUUUAUCAAGAAAAAUCGUGGUCUUUGGCUGAGGAUCACAUAAAUUUCAGUCUUGGGCAUCAGUCUUUCACACUUAAGCAGCUGGAGGAUGCGUAUGUAGCUUUUCACCGACUCUUGUCACACUCAUGCAGUUUACAGCAACCACAACAGCAGAUCACUCAUCUAAAGGAAUUUCUAUAUGUUUUCAAGCAACAUCUCAUCAGUCUUGGUUUAGGCAGUGUAUCAGCGACCUCUGAGGUGUCCGAUGGACUUGUGCCUUACCUAUCAUCUGUUGAAGCAACAAAGGACCUGCCAGUUUUGCCAAUCCCUAUUGUCGUUCCUCAACAGACAAGAGUGUUACUGUCUUGUGCUGCUGGUUUCCACAAACAACUCCUUUAUGACAAUGAUGAUAAGGAUGAUAGUGACUACAAGUUAAGGAAACUACAACCGGAUAAUGAGAAAAAAUGGAUUACUGAGGCGGUUUUGUGUAGUUUUGACAGAGUUGAUGUUGGAAGUUCAUUGUCCACUGAAAAAUGGAAAGAGUUGGAGCAUUGUGCAGUUAGUGGUUGUGGUGCUUCAGAUACUUCAGAGACAGUAGUUGACUUUGUAUCGUGUUUACAAAACUGUUUUGAUGAGAGCACGGAGAAUGGCAGUUCACCCAUGUGUGUUGUUGGAGAACGUGUUGAUGUUGAGUUCCUGCUACGGAAUCCUUUGCAAGUAGACAUAUGCUUAGAAAAGCUUACUCUGUUGUGGGAGCAUCGUGUUGAUGAUAACCAAGCAUCAGAGACAUUGUCUGAUUCAACUUUCCCAGCUGUUGCUACUGAAGUUGUGAAUGUAUUUUCUAUUGAGGCUUGUAGUACCAAACGACUUCGACUUUCUUUAACUCCUUUGCAUGUUGGUGCUGUAAACAUUGUCGGAUUUGCCUACAAUUUAAAGACUAACAGUGGUGAACAGGUUGCUGAUGACAGUGAUGACAAUGAUGUGCGAUUAUUGCAACGGAAAGACAGAAAGUCAAGUGUAAAACGAAUGCUGAAUGUUGGUGUACGAGGGAAGCAGUUGGUACAUUGUAGAGGUCCUCGGUUGAACAGAGAAUUGAAGGAAAAAUUGUCUGUUGUAUAUGGCAAUGACAAGCGUCUUCAUCUGAAAGUCAUUCCUGCUAUGCCUCAGUUGGAGGUGGCUUUCACCAAUUUUCCCAGUUCAUUGCUCUGCGGAGAAGUCAAACUGGUGGAAGUUAAACUUUCUAACAUGGGAAAAAAGCCUAUGAAGAACUUGAGAGUUGUUUCGACCUGUUGUCAGUACUUCACAUUUGGCUUGUUGGCCCGGGAGUCAGUGAAGUCUGACAAAACGAAAACGUCUGCAGAAUCUUCUGAAGACUGUUUAGCCAUGACAAAGAAUGAUCACUGCCAUCCUAUAGCUCUUCACAUGCCAACAGUUAUUAGAAUUCCACUACCCAAUGGUCAGCUUAGUCCAAGAGACUCAGUUACUGUACCAAUGUGGAUUCAUGGAGGAGCUGAGCCAGGUGUUCAAGAAAUGGACUUCUUAUUUUGCUACCAGCCUGUGGAAGUUGGUGGCUAUUUGAGACAUCGAGUGUUGAAACAUUCAGUACGGAUCAGUUUAACAAGUUCUGUGAGACUCAAUGUUUGUGCAGAGCUGUCAGUAAAGAACAUAGUUAAGAUAGAGCCUCAAACUAGUGUUGCUGCACAGGAACUUCUUCUAACACUAGACAUUGAGAAUAUCAGUCAUGCAUCUCGAGAAAAGUCAAUGUGUUUGGAGCUGCGGCAGGUGUCAUCUAUGAGCUGGCUUUGGGAAGUGUUUUCGUUGGGAUCACAACAGUUGCUUGAGUAUGUUCUUCCCAAGGAGACCCGCAUGUUAAAAUUUAGAGCUGCCUACAGUACGGAAAAUAGAUCGAGAAAUGCACUUUGUGUAUCACAAGUUCGUUUGUCAGAUCAACUGAAAGAAGUUGACUGCCAACUAUCACCUUGUAUUGAUUUCUUUCUCAGUUCUUUAGCUGCAUCUGCUAUUGGAUUGUCUAAAUAUGAGAGUAAACGAGUUAACUCUGUAGAGGAAGAUGUGGAUGGUAAUGCAAUGAGCAAAAGAGAUGUCUCUAAUUGUUAUGAAAGGUCUGAAGUUGUUGAAAUAUACCAUGGACCUCGACAGAAGUUGUCAGCUGAUGAGGCGCUAGGUCUCACACUGUUGUGGAAGGGAUCUUAUCAGGGUGUUGUAGUUGAAGAGGGAGUUACUUCUCAUGUGUUUGGACAAAGUCAUGCUGCUAUUGUGGGCUUGCAGACCCUUGAAGAGGCAGGAAUGCUGAGUAGAUUACAUGAUGAUUGUUUGCUUGUACAAGCUUCACUGAAGCAUUUGUCAUCACUUUGCAACAAUUUUAUGUAUAAAAGGGUUGUUCAACUUCCAGUUGAAAUUACUAUUCAAAAUGCAACUGAGGAGGCCGUUGAAGUUGAGACGUCCUUGCUUCCACCUAUCAGCAGCUCAAGUCAACUACGCAAGGAAGGUUCGUUAUCUUUCUCCAACAUAUCUGUUGAACGUGAUCUAUUCUCUUGGGUUGGCUUCGCUCGUUGUCACCGUACCAUUGCCGGUCAGUCCAGUUGCUUGUUGAAGGCCAGUGUGUGUUUAGCAAGGCCUGGACUGUACAAUCUCUCUCGAUUGAGAAUAAGGGCCCGUCGGAUGUGUAAUGGAUCUGAGUUCACUACACAAACUUGUGUUCCUGAAUCCAUAGUGACUAUUACUGGUUCCAAUAGUGAUAAAUGCGAGUCAAGUGCUGUUUGAUUAUUGUAUGUAUAUUUGAUAUCGUGGAUAUCUUGUGACAACUUUUGGAUACGUAAUAUGGUUUGUGUAUUGUUUCUCAACUAAAUAUGUAUGAAAGCAUACUGCCAAUAGUAUUGUAA